CGUAUAAAAAGACUUGCUUCAAGACCGUGAUCAUUCUGGAAGUCGACAAUGGCCGAAGAAUGGAAGGAGGGCCCAGCAAUAGGGAUCGAUCUCGGGACGACAUACUCGUGUGUGGGAGUGUGGCAACAUGAUCGAGUAGAGAUAAUAGUUAAUGAUCAGGGAAAUAGAACGACGCCGUCUUAUGUUGCAUUCACUGAGAAAGAGCGCUUGGUCGGUGAUGCCGCCAAGAACCAAGUCGCCAGGAACCCUACUAACUCUGUCUUUGAUGCAAAGCGUUUGAUUGGAAGGAGAUUCAGUGAUCCGUUGGUUCAGAAUGAUAUCAAUCUUUGGCCAUUCAAGGUCAUUGAAGGUUCUAAAGACAAGCCUAUGGUCGUAGUGAGUUAUAAGGGUGAAGAUAAACAAUUUGCUGCUGAGGAAAUCUCAUCGAUGGUCCUAAAAAAAAUGCGCGAGAUUGCCGAGGCCUAUCUGGGCAAGACGGUGAAAAAUGCAGUUGUUACCGUCCCUGCCUACUUCAAUGAUGCUCAGCGUAAGGCCACACUGGAUGCUGGUGACAUUGCAGGCCUCAAUGUCAUGCGGAUCCUCAACGAACCAACAGCCGCCGCAAUUGCUUACGGCCUUGACAAGGUGGGUAGAAUUGGCAAGAGAAAUGCAUUGAUCUUUGAUUUGGGUGGUGGUACUGCAGAUGUCUCACUUCUUACCAUUGAGGAGAGUAGUUUUGAAGUGAAGGCUGUUGCUGGAGAUACACACCUUGGAGGUGAGGACUUCGACAACAGAAUGGUUAACCACUUUGUUCAAAUAUUUAAAAGGUGGCACCAGAAGGACAUAAGCGGAAACGCCAGAGCUCUAAGAAGGUUGAGAACAGCUUGUGAGAGAGCAAAGAGGAUUCUUUCUUCUGCAAUUGAGACUGCCAUUGAAGUUGAUUCUUUGUAUGAUGGUAUUGAUUUCAGCUCAAAUAUUACCCGUGCAAAAUUUGCGGAACUCAACAUGGAUUUAUUCAGGAAUUCGAUAGAGCUUGUGGAGAAGUGUUUGACCGAUGCUGAGAUGGACAAGGGAAGUGUAAAUGAUGUCGUUCUUACUGGUGGUUCUACCAGAAUUCCCAAGGUUCAGCAGCUGUUGCAGGACUUCUUUGAUGGGAAGGAACUUAACAGGAGCAUUAACCCAGAUGAAGCUGUGGCAUAUGGAGCCUCUGUUCAAGCUGCUAGCUUGACUGGUAUGUGUAAUGAAAAGGUAAAAAACAUUGUGCUCUUAGAUGUCACACCUUUGUCCCUUGGGGUGGAGAUCCGAGAUGGUGACAUGUCCAUUGUGAUUCCGAGGAACACUGCCAUUCCAACCAAGAUGGAAAGGAAUUACACUACCAAGGUGGACAACCAAACUGAGAUUCUAUUCCCCGUUUACGAGGGUGAGCGAGCAAGAAUUGUCGAUAACUACUGGUUGGGAGAAUUUAUUCUAAGUGGCAUUCCUUCAGCACCCAGGGGUGUUCCCUCUGUCAAUGUCUGCUUUGACAUCGACGCCAAUGGCAUCUUGAACGUUUCUGCCCAGGAGAGAACCAGUGGUGUGAGUCAGAAGAUCACAAUCACCAAUGAAAAGGCGAGACUGCCCAAGGAAGAGAUUAAUAGGAUGGUCAAGGAUGCAGAGAUGUACAAGGGUGAAGAUGAUAAGUACAGAGAGAAGGCUGAGGCUAAGGCAGCUUUGGAGAAUUAUGCCUACGACAUGAGGAAUACUGUCAAUGACAAGGAGAAUGGUGCAAAGCUUGACCCCGCAGGUAAGAAGAAGAUUGAAGGUGCUGUUCACCUGGUGAUUCAGUGGUUAGAUGGGAACCAGCUUGCGGAGGCUGAUGAGUUUGAGGAAAAGCUGAUAGGGCUUCAGUUAAUCUGCAAUCCCAUCAUUGCCAAAAACGCAAAAGAACAAUAAGCAAUUGAUCAGCUUCUUACUGAAAAAAAGGGAUGGCUGUUAUCGUGACUGUGCAUUCCGACUUUGUUUUAGCAACCUUUUAAUGGCAGUAUUUUGGUUCUAGUGCGUUUGAAUUUGCUUUGUUCGGUACAGUUUGGAACAUUUUCAAAUUUAUGCAUGAUCUGUAACUUGAUAGU